GAUCACUCCCCCGUUGAAGCUGCGUAGAAUGAGUCGCAGAAUGAUGGGGACCGCUGUGCACAAAAGGCGCUAUAAAAACGUGGAAAUUACAAUACCUCACGUGAGGGAAUUUACUGUAAUGAGUGGAAGUGGCAGACGCGAUACCGGUAGUCGUGGGCAUUAAUUGUUUUCAAGUGAACAGCCUCUCCCAAUCUUUGUGCGGUCAUAGAAGAAAAGAAGAAAUUGUAUGGAGUGAAGCUGUGAUUGGUGCUCUUCCUGGAGGACCCGUACAGUAUUUACACUACAUCAAGGCCCGGGAGGCAGCCCCAAAGGAGAAGAUAGUGAAUGAGAGUCGAGCGGCACCGAGGUGGCACAGAGGGUAUGGCUCUGGUGGGAAAGAGCCCCCGGGGGGCAUCAGUAGCCCCUCCUGAUGGGGACUGGGGAUGGAUGAUUGUCGCUGGCUGCUUUCUAGCCACCAUCUGCACCCGUGCUGUCACUAGAUGUGUGUCAAUCUUCUUUGUGGAGUUCCAGGUGCAUUUUGGUCAAGACUACUCUGGCACAGCCUGGAUCCACUCAUUGGCUGACUGCACCACUUUCCUCUUUGCUCCUCUUGGCAGUUUCAUUGGGAACCAUCUUUCUACCAGGGCCACAGUGAUCAUUGGGGGUGUCCUGUCCUCUACAGGCCUAAUCCUUAGCUCCUUCGCCACCAGCCUGGAAUACCUCUACCUCACGCUGGGGGUCCUCACAGGGUUAGGAUUUGCCCUCAGCUACACCCCAGCGGUGGCCAUGGUUGGGUCCUAUUUCAACGAGAGGAAAGCACUAGCCUAUGGGAUUGCGAUGUCUGGGAGUGGGAUUGGGACCUUCAUUUUAGCACCUGCUGUGCAGCUCCUGAUUGAACACUAUUCAUGGAGAGGGGCCUUGCUGAUUCUGGGAGGGUUUGUGUCCAACCUGUGUGUCUGUGGGGCCCUCAUGAGGCCCCUGGUACCUAAGAGGGGAAGUCAGAAGCUGCACAAGCUUGAGAGUGGAUAUGCUAUGAAACCUUUGGAUGCCAAGCUAGCAGAGUUGCAGCUAAUUAAUGGGAAGGUAAUGGAUGCAACACUUCCAGGAUUAAGAUCACUGGACCCCAAGACAGAUUUGACGCUUAAAACAACUAAACUUACCGAAACGAAAAAAACUGAAGUGAAACUAGCAGAGGCACUCCUUGCAAAUGUACAACUGGCUGAUUCAAGGCUAGCAGACAUGACGAUAGUUGAGGGCAUGGUUGUGAACGUAAAUAACAUGCUAACAGAGACAAUUCUUGAAGAGAUUACACUUACUGAUCAAACACUUGCCAACAGGAAACUAAAGGAAAUUAAACUAUUGGAGAACCUUGUCAUCCAUAGCCAGCUAGCUGAUGUUAAGACUUUGGACACAAAGGUUGCCGAUGCCAAACUAGCAGAUAAGAAGUUGACAGAUGCUAAGAUUCUGUCUGGCCGGGUGACUCCUGAGCCAAUUGGUUCCCUGGCAAUGGAGUUCAGAUUCCUUCUGAUGCCCGACUUCAUGCUGCUGUCUGUGUCUUUCCUGUUCCUGGCAUAUGGCUGUAGUGUGCCUUUUGUCUACCUGGUGCCCUACGCUCUAAGUGUGGGGGUGGACCACCAGCAGGCUGCCUUCGUCAUGUCCAUCCUGGGUGUCACCGGAAUAGUGGGAAACAUCACCUUCGGCUGGCUCACUGACCGGAAGUGUCUGAAGGAGUACCGGAAAGUGAGCUUCAUGUUUGCUGUUGGUAUGGAGGGUCUGUCCUGCCUCCUGAUUCCUAUGCUGCACUCCUUCGCCCUGCUGGUGCCCUUCUCCAUGCUGUAUGGGUAUUUUGACGGCGCCUACUCUGCCCUCAUACCAGUGGUGACGUCUGACUUGGUGGGCUCGUCAUACCUCUCCUCAGCCCUGGGUGUGGUCAACUUCCUGCACGCUAUUCCCUAUCUGGUUAGCCCGCCAGUAGGAGGCUGGUUGGUGGACUGGACUGGUGACUAUACUGCUGCAUUCUUCCUCAGUGGAUUCUCUCUAAUGUCCAGCCCAUUUAUCCUGGCUACGGGUUUACUAAUCCGUCGGUGCUGUAGGACACGGGCAUACGCCACUAGCGCUGUCAAUGCUAAAUGUGCCUCCUUGAAUAAUGGCCAAAUGGAUCCGCCAACAUAUAAGGCAGCACAUGAUGAACCAAAGCCAGCAGGGAGUGUCCCUGCAUGUUAAGACAUUUAUGUAAGCAAUUUUAUGUAGUGAGUGGACUUUUUUUGUAAUACCAAAGUAUUGAAGGAAACAAAAUAAUGAGGGUCCAGGUGAAACAAAAUAAAGUUUCUGGAAAGGUGGAAAGAUCCUGUAACACCAUAAACGUAAAGUUUCCCUCAUUGUUUUUUUCCCAAAAAAGGUUUAUCAAGAAUUUAUGGCUCUGAAGAAUAACAUGUCAGUACUGUUUGUUCGUUAUGUUGAAGAUGAGCUGUUGUUCCGAUGAUUAUGACUACAUUAUACAUGCAACGUAACACCACAGUUAUGCAAUAAUAAGAGAUGUUUACAGACAUAUUUUUGUAUGACAUUAGAUUGCACUAAAAACCACUGAAGAGAAGCUAUUGGUGCUGUGACUGGAUGAUUGUGAUGUUGUGAUGUGAUGUUGUACACCAGAGGUCUCAAACCGGUUCCCCGGAGGGCCGGGUGUCUGCAGGUUUUCGCUCUCAC